AUGAGUUGGGAGGGGGCGGCGAAGUGGGUUGUUGGGAUCAACGGUAAAAAGGAUGAUGUGCAACACGAGGACUUCCCGGAGGUCACCCAUCCUAGUACUACUCUCGCCCAAGCACGCUUAGCUGCGGAGUUCGAUGGGAUCCGGUGCAUUAGUGCUGGUAUGAUCGCACCCGCCAAGUGUUGCGCGAUCAAUGGUUAUAUGGAUUCGACAAAGACACCCGACUAA